GAUUUCAGUACAGAUUUAGAAAUUACACAAACUAGUCAGCUCACUCCCAGUCGCAAAACACUUUAUAAUACACGACACACGAAAAUAAUGAAUCGCAUACUGGAGCAGGUGAUCCACCAGAACGGAACCAUGGUGGAUCGCAUACUGUCGGAUCACACUUCGGGAUAUGUGGUCUCCGACAACAUGGCCAAUGCAGUGGCUGAAUCAUCUUUCGAUAAUACGAGUGCCACGGCGAUCGUCAAGCAUUUGAACGGACUCUUUGUGGGCAUCUGCCAAAGUACAGUUCGGGAUAUUGACCCGGAGAACAAACUGUGCUUCAUUCGACUGGCCACCCGGAAAUUCGAGUAUUUGAUAGCCCCUGAGGAGUACUUUACCAUCACAGUUGUUCAGUGAGGAAAAUGCAAGCCGUCAGUAGAAAAAAUCAUUAAAUGGCCAUUUCCUUAACCGUGAAGAUUCAAAAACCAAUGAAAAGUGCCAGGACUUUUUGGGAAAAAUCUUCUAAAAUGUGGCGCACCUUCUAGAAUAUUGUUUCCAAAAUUUCUUGGCAAUCUCUAGUCACUAGAAUUUUGUUUUCCAAUAUAUCACCAAAACAAACAUUAUGAACAUUUAAAAAAAAAAAAAAAAAUCUAAAUAUUUCUGUAUUACCUUAAA